GGUCAAAAUUUUCACACGCAAACACGUUUCAAGUGCCUGCCGGCUACCUGUUUCAGUGUAAAGUUGGUCCGCUACUGAAUUUGGCCAGGGAAAACGGAAAUUCGCUGGACUGAAUACGGCGCUCCGCUAAAAAUGGUAUCGACCUUUGUGUGCUGCAAGACGAAUGCGGCGGUGGGUGGACUCAUCGCUGCGGAACUGCUACGUCCGUCGUACCCGAUCGAGGUGCGCUGGGGUAGCGAAACGUCCAUCUCUUACUCAACCCGUACGCUGGCCUGCAUCACCAACAAUGAUGUGUUGCGGGCGUUGGCAAGAGUGGUCCCCUCGUUCCGUCUGUACGGUGCAACACCAAUCGAACGAACGCAGAUCGAUCACUGGCUGACGUACACCCUCUCCUUGGAGAAGAACCUGGCGGAUGAGUUGAAAUAUCUGAACAAAUGUCUCGGGCCGCUAACGUACCUGGUGGCCAAUCAUCUUACCAUCGCCGAUUUGGCCGUGUUCAACGAGCUGUACGUCCGGUACGAGGAGCUGAAGAAGAUUGGCAUUCCACUGCACGUGCAGCGGUGGUACAAUCUGAUAAUGGCACAGCCCUGUACCAAGGAAGCACUGCAGAAGCACGCCCUCGAGCUACGUACGGCGGCAGCUUCCUCGGCAAAGGUGAAGGAACCGAGUCCGGAUAAGGGUGCGGACGGUGGCAAGCGCGAGCAGGGUAAGUUCGUCGAUCUGCCCGGUGCCGAAAUGGGCAAGGUGGUUGUGCGGUUUCCCCCGGAAGCGUCCGGCUACCUGCACAUCGGCCACGCCAAGGCGGCCCUGCUCAACCAGUACUACCAGCAAGCGUUCCAGGGCAAGCUGAUUAUGCGAUUUGACGACACGAAUCCGGCCAAAGAGAACGUGCACUUUGAGCAGGUGAUUCUGGAGGACCUGGAGAUGCUGCAGAUCAAGCCGGAUCUGUUCACGCACACCUCGCAGUACUUUGACCUGAUGCUGGACUACUGCGUCCGUUUGCUGAAGGAGGGAAAGGCUUACGUGGACGACACGGAACCGGAACAGAUGAAGAAGGAGCGCGAGGAGCGUGUCGAGUCGAAGAAUCGCAGCAACACCCCGGAACGGAAUUUGGCACUGUGGGCCGAAAUGGUGAAGGGUACGGAAGCGGGACAGAAGUGUUGCGUGCGGGCCAAAAUCGACAUGUCCUCGCCGAAUGGGUGUAUGCGUGAUCCGACGAUCUAUCGGUGCAAAAACGAACCACAUCCACGUACCGGCACACAGUACAAGGUGUACCCGACGUACGAUUUCGCCUGUCCGAUUGUGGACGCGAUCGAGAACGUGACGCACACACUGCGCACCAUGGAGUACCACGAUCGGGACGAGCAGUUCUACUGGUUCAUCGAGGCGCUGGGGCUCCGGCGUCCCUACAUCUGGGAGUACAGCCGGCUUAACAUGACCAAUACGGUGCUUUCCAAGCGCAAGCUGACGUGGUUCGUGGCGGAAGGUUUGGUCGAUGGGUGGGACGAUCCGCGGUUCCCGACCGUGCGUGGCAUUCUGCGCCGCGGCAUGACGGUGGAAGGUUUGCGCGAAUUCAUCAUCGCGCAGGGUUCGAGCAAAUCGGUCGUGUUUAUGGAGUGGGACAAGAUCUGGGCCUUCAACAAGAAGGUGAUCGAUCCGAUCGCUCCCCGCUAUACGGCGCUCGAGCACGAGCAGCGAGUCCCGGUGAAUGUGGCUGGCGUGCAGCCGGGAACGAUGCAGGCCGCGGUACACCCGAAGAACGCGGACAUUGGCAUGAAGACGGUCCAUUACGGGCCUCGUGUGCUGAUCGAUUUGGCCGACGCGAAGGAGCUGAAGGAGGGUGAAAAUGCAACGUUCAUCAACUGGGGCAAUCUGCUGAUCACGAAGGUGCAUCGGGGUGCCGGUGGAGUGCCGGUGUCGAUUGACGCUACACCGAACCUGGACAAUAAGGAUUACAAGAAAACGCUCAAGCUUACGUGGUUGUGCGAAUUGCCGGCGGAUCAGUACACGCCAACGUACUGCGUGUACUUUGAGCAUAUCAUCAGCAAACCGGUGCUGGGAAGGGAUGAAGACUUCAAGAACUAUAUCGGCCAUCAGACGAGGACCGAGGUUCCAAUGUUGGGCGAUCCGGAGCUGAAGAAUCUUCGCAAGGGAGACAUUAUUCAACUGCAGCGCCGUGGUUUCUUCAAGGUGGAUCAAGCCUACCAACCGGCCAGCGAGUUUAGCGGGGCCGAGACACCGAUAGUCCUGUUCGCGAUUCCCGAUGGCCAUGUUGCGGCAGUUCCGACUGCAAACGUUCCCAAGAAGGAAGCAGCUGGAGAGAGCAAGAAGGCGAAGCAAACCGCUGCUAAACCAGCAACAGCAGCAGCAGCCCCCAGUGUUGGUGGAGCUUCGGACGUGUCCAAGCUCAACGAUUCCAUCGCCCAGCAGGGCGAAAAGGUACGGAAGCUUAAGGCGGACAAAGCACCGAAGGCGGAUGUUGACGCGGCAGUGAAAGUGCUGCUCGAUCUGAAAGCACAAUACAAAGCCCAGACGGGCAGUGAUUGGAAACCGGGUGCAAGUGUGGUUGCACCAGCAUCAGCAGCACCCGUCGGGCCAUCGUCGGACGCAAAUGCGCUGGAUGCAAAGAUCGUUGAACAAGGCAACUUGGUGCGUGAUUUGAAGGCGAAGAAGGCCGCUAAGCCCGAGGUGGACGCAGCUGUUAAGACGCUGCUCGAGCUGAAGGCACAGUAUAAGAGCGCGACGGGAAGCGACUGGAAGCCGGGAUCCGCUGUAACCGUCGCUCCGCCGCAAACCUCGUCGGGCGGUGCCGAUGCUAUCAAUGCAAAGAUCGUCGAACAAGGCAACUUGGUGCGUGAUUUGAAGGCGAAAAAAGCGGCCAAACCCGAAGUGGACGCUGCCGUUAAGACACUGUUGGAGUUGAAGGCACAGUAUAAGACCGCGACGGGAAGCGACUGGAAGCCGGGAGCAGUAACGCCGACGGUAACUGUACCAACUCCAGUUUCUUCCGCUCCAUUGAAACCGGCCGACGGUAGUACCGGCAACGACGGAUCCGCUGAAGCGAUCAGCAACAAAAUCAUCGCGCAGGGUGAUUUGGUGCGAGAUUUGAAGGGCAAGAAGGCUCCGAAAGCGGAUAUUGACGCUCAGGUUAAAACGCUACUCGAUCUGAAGGCACAGUACAAACAGGCAACCGGUGGGCAGGAGUGGAAACCGGGCUGUGUACUACCAGCAUCGAACACUGCAUCUGCUCCGCCCGCAGCCGGAACCGGAGAGGCCUCAGAUUUGUUGGCUCAGAUAGCAGCGCAAGGCGACGCGGUCCGCACGCUCAAAGGUAACAAAGCGGACAAAGCAACCAUCGACUCAGCGGUUGCUUUGCUGCUGAAGCUGAAAGCCGAUUACAAAACGCUAACCGGCAAGGACUGGAAGCCCGGCACAACGGUGCCACCCGCGAAGGACACCAAGGCAGGAAAGGAAAACAUGUGCCCGGCUGGCAGCGGCAGCGAGCAGGAGGCGCUGGUGGAGAAGAUUACAAAGCAGGGCGAUGCGGUACGCGCGCUGAAGGGUAGCGGCGCACCGAAGCCCGAGAUCGAUGCCGCAGUCAAAUUGCUGCUAGAUUUGAAGGCGGAAUACAAGAAGCUAACCGGGAGCGAUUAUGUUCCUGCCGGUGGGGCAGCAGCUGCCGGUGGACGGCAGCAGACGAAACCGGCGAAGAAGGAAGCGAAACCAAAGCCGGAACAAAAGCCCAAACCGGAGCAGCAAAAGUCGGCCGGCAAGGACGAUGGCACCGGCGGUCCGAAGAAACAAACACGCCUCGGGCUGGAGGCGACGAAGGAAGACAACCUGCCCGACUGGUACUCGCAGGUCAUUACGAAGGGCGAGAUGAUCGAGUACUACGACGUGUCCGGGUGCUACAUCCUGCGCCACUGGUCGUUCGCCAUCUGGAAAGCGAUCCGGAACUGGUUCGAUGCGGAGAUUACACGGCUCGGCGUGAAGGAGUGUUACUUCCCGAUCUUUGUAUCGCGGGCGGCACUCGAGCGCGAGAAGACACACAUCGCCGACUUUGCGCCGGAAGUCGCGUGGGUAACGAAGAGCGGUGAUUCCGACCUGGCGGAACCGAUCGCGGUGCGUCCCACGUCCGAAACGGUAAUGUAUCCGGCGUAUGCCAAGUGGAUCCAAUCGUACCGCGAUCUGCCGAUCCGGUUGAACCAGUGGAACAAUGUUGUGCGCUGGGAGUUUAAACAUCCCCAACCGUUCCUGCGCACGCGUGAAUUCCUGUGGCAGGAGGGCCACACCGCGUUCGCGACGAAGCAGGAAGCGGACGAGGAGGUGCUGACGAUCCUCGACCUGUACGCGAAGGUGUACACCGACCUGCUGGCCAUCCCCGUGGUGAAGGGAAGGAAGACGGAGAAGGAAAAGUUUGCCGGCGGCGAUUACACGACCACGGUCGAGGCGUACAUCUCGGCGUCCGGCCGAGCGAUCCAGGGCGCGACGAGCCACCAUCUGGGACAAAACUUUUCCCGCAUGUUCGACAUCGUGUACGAACAUCCGGAGUCGAAGGAGAAGGAGUACGUGUACCAGAACUCGUGGGGCAUUACGACGCGCACGAUCGGUGUGAUGAUAAUGGUGCACGCGGACAACCAGGGGCUGGUGUUGCCGCCGCGCGUUGCCUGCAUCCAGGCCGUGAUCGUACCGUGCGGCAUCACCGCAACGACGACGGACGACGAGCGGCGCCGGCUGUACGACAGUUGCCGCGAGCUGGAGCGUACGAUUGUAGGCGCCGGCAUACGCUGCGAGGGCGACUAUCGGGACAAUUACUCGCCCGGCUGGAAGUACAACCACUGGGAGCUGAAGGGUGUGCCGGUGCGUAUCGAGCUCGGCUUCAAGGAUCUGCAGAACGAGCAGUUUGUGGCGGUACGGCGUGAUAAUGGUGCGAAGCAGACGAUCAAGCGCGGCGAAGCAACGGUCGCACUGGCCCGGCUGCUCGAAACCAUCCACGGCGCCAUGUACGAACGGGCCGAGGCUGAUCUGCAGCAGCACACGAAGGUGACGAAGCAGUGGGCCGAGUUUUUGCAGUUCCUUGAGGCGAAGAACAUCAUCAUGGCACCGUUCUGUGGCGAGAUUAGCUGCGAGGAUCGCAUCAAGGCCGAGAGUGCGCGUGACGAUGCGGAGGCUGAGGCGGGCGCACCGGCGAUGGGCGCCAAAUCGCUGUGCAUCCCGUUCGUGCAGCCGGCCACCAUCGAUCCGAAGGUGGACCGGUGUGUACAUCCGGCCUGUGGACGGGUGGCCAAAUUCUACACCCUGUUCGGAAGAAGCUACUAAGAAGCCCUUGCUAUGCGCAAUUGGAAGCAGUUUUAAAGAUGCUAACGUUACAAACUCAAAACGCUAUCUGUCCAUACGUUCUCAACCGUUUAAACUAACGAGAUAUACACAGUGCGAAUAUUUAAAUUGGGUUA